CUGAAUCCUUAUCAGCUCUGACGUCACCACAAGUAGAUGACUCGAUUGUGUUUACCAUUUGAAUUUUAACGUAUGUUUAAAUGGCGAAUUCGUGAAAUUGAGUAAAACUUUCGUUAAAAAAGUUAAUUAAAUUAUGAAAUUCAAUUAAUAUUUGUCAUAAAAUGUGUUCUAGUAAUGUGGUACUGAUGUUUUCAAUUACAGAUGGUGUUGGUUUAUUUGAUUUGUGUACAAAAAUGAAUUUUUUGCGACUCGUUUGUGUUGUGUAAUUUGAAUGAAUAGUGAUGUAAACUGUAGAUUAAAAUGAAAAUUAAUGUGUACUAGUGUGUUGUACCGGAAUGAUGUUGUAAUGAAAUAAGUAGUUAGUGAACAAUGCAAUCGCAUCAAGUUGGAGAAAAAUCUACAAUACAUUUUAAUUUUCAAAUCUACUUCUUAGACCAGCCAUGCUAAAGCUGCUAUGAUGGAUAAUGGAUAUUAAACUAGAAAUCAUCAGUAUCUCAAACCAAUUGAAGCAGCUUUAAAUUCCAAAAUACUUAGGAUGGAUUUCAACAGGCAUAAAUACAAUGUUUGCAAAGAAUUUCGAGAGAAAUCUCCGUCAUGUAUGCAAUGUUUGGUGAUCGUUUCGUAUACCUUAGUCUUUGAGUUGGAGAUUAUGUUCGCGUAUAUUCGGUAAUAUUUACAAUAAUUUGUAUGUGUUGUACUUCUUUGCUAUAUUCCUCAUUGUCAGCUGUCAUCCUCCAGAGUUUUUCUUGAUAUUCUUUUAGAAAUUAGAUCAUAAACGAGUGUAGUUCUCAUCUUUAAUGAUAAAAACAGUGUUGAUUAUGAGCUUAUAUUUACUUAUUUUUCCAUUCAAAUCAUUCCCUCUUGAUCUCAAAUUGAUUAUUAAGUAUCAGAAUGUGAUUCAAAACGCAAAAUAAAAUGUUCUCAGUAUUUAUUUCGUUCUAGUGCAUUAAUAUUUCAUUCAUUUCUAUAGUGUUAUCGGAGUACAUACUAUCUAUUAGUGAUGACGUCACAAAACAGCGCUCAGGCCUUUUACUAUAGGUGGUAUUGGUGUGGUUUAGGUAACACUGUCCUUACAUGAAUGUUUUUCUUUUUAUAUCAGUAAAAUUAAAAAUUUUAUCUUUUAUCAACUCCUAAAACAAAAGGCUAAAAUGUUAUAAUUUCGAGUAAAUUUUCCAAUAAUAAUUGUUCUGUAGCGCGAUUUCAACUAAUAAGUAGUAUAUAGUGUAAAUAUGAUAUCCUUUAAGUUACUAUCGAUUUUGACCACCUUGGGAGUGGCAUAUUCGCAAAAGGCCGCCGCUCCUGUGCUGAUAUGGGGUAACCAUCACAGCAUUGAUAAAAUGACAUCGAAUGUGGGCAAACUUAGCACCGAUAGCAUCGAAGAUUGGAUCAUGCAACCAGCUACCGAAGAUCAAGAUACACACGUAUUGGUUGGUAUCCUCGAAAGCCUCGCCUUGCCGGACUUGUUCAAGAAGUAUGGAGACGAAAGUGUGUUUUCAAAUGUUCAAAGCUCGAUGAGCGAUAGUAAAUAUAAGAAUUUCUUUGUUCAAAUGAAUGCAUCACCGAAUGGUAUAGAACCGUUGCUUAACAUGUCAUCGCUUUCGGGUGUUCAGAAUUUGGUGACGACGAGUGAUUCUAAGAAAAUACACAUCAUAAAAAUCAUUCCUAAAGGAGAAGAAAUCACUGAAACUUUGAAAAUGUCCGAUAAUAUAAUGCAUAAAGCUUGUAAAGAGCAUGCUACUUUGUAUAAAUCAUAUGUCUGUGUUAUGACUGGUUCAUCUGGCGGUGAAGAAGGAGAGCAUGUUCGUAUUGCUCGUAGUUUAUUGCAGACUAAAGAACCAGCAGCUGAAGUUAAAGCAGAAACACCUAUGAAUAUCUACUUCAGUCCAGGAUUCGCAUUAAUAUACACUAAAACAACACCCGUGUUUCAGAUGUUGGUUGAUAAUCAACCGAAAGAGUAUCAUCUUACUCAAAUUGGUGAUAUCACCAAAUCAGAUAAAACUUUAUUCGUGUAUUUUCAAGACAAGGCCAACUCAUCUCCAAAAAUCCGUUUAGCUUUUACUUUUAUCAACGAAAGCACCACUUGGAGUCUGGAACAGAUAGGAUACGGUGAUGGUGCGAAAAGCAACGUAAUCUUGAAACCUUCCAUAAAGAUUUCUUCCUCUUUCGGGAACUCUUUCCAUACACCUUCGAAAGUAGUUUUCCAGGAUGAUGAUAUGAAGUACACUUUGACGUUCAGCUCGUUACAGAUUGAAUUCACGAACAAUCCGAACACUCUGCAAACAAAGAAGUUCAAUUCAGCCGACGAUACGGUUUACUUUUUCACUAUUCCGAUCCUUAGUGGACUUUUCGUUACCAGUUUAUUAGUCACUAUCGUCCUGUUGGGUUUAUCUAUGAUUUUUGAUAUCAAAACUAUGGAUUUAUUCGAUGAUCCGAAAGGAAAAACUGUUACCAUUAAUGCCUCCGAAUAAUUUUCCUAAUUUUUAAUUUCCUUUAAGGUAUUUCUUUUUUGUUUUUGUUUUAUCAUGUCGAAAAGUCGAGUGUAAAAGCAGCGAGGUAAAUAAAUUUCCUAAAUCGGUUUCACCGAAAUUUAUCAUUAGUUUUUUUAAUUGUAAGUACAAUACGUAAAAUAUAAUAUACGAUAAUUAAGCCAAUGAUUAAACUAGUUCGUUUUAAACCGAAACCCUCAUAACACAUUCCUGUAUCUGUUAGUUCUACGAAUUUGGUAUACAUUAAAAAAAAAUUGUCAUCGUACCAAGUGUCUUUCAUAGAUGGUUGAUGUUUUAAUCAACACUACGCAGUUUCUUAAGUUUUAUAAAGCACAAAAUAAUCGCAAUCCAUUUAGAUGUUACAUCCUACCGUGUAAGUUAUUAGUGUGUAGAAGUACGAAAACCAUCGGAAUUUCUUCAUCUGUGUACAUAAUACAUACUAAGUUUGCACUGUCUUCGAUUAGAAGUCAUUAAUUUAAAAAAACUUCGAUUGUAAUUUUUAAUUCAUAUUGUAUGUUUGUUGUAAAUUUCAUUUUACGGUUUGAUUCGAUUUUCUUUAUGCUCCGAAUUUUUUUUCUUUGUAGAAUUUUGUUGUACCUAUUUUAGUAAAAAAAUUUUGUUAUCGA